CAAAGCGCUGCAGGCCAGGCAGGGGCCAUGGAGCUGCCGUCAGGCGUCCUGGUCCUGCCGUGGGGACUUGUGCUUCUACAGAGCUGCGCUGUCCUGUGCUCAGCGCUCUCGGGGCCCGCGCAAGCCGGCGGCAGCUCCGUGGUGUCCGAGUCGGCGGUGAGCUGGGCGGCGGGCGCCCAGGCGGUGCUGCGCUGCCAGAGCCCGCGCAUGGUGUGGACCCAGGACCGGCUGCACGACCGCCAGCGCGUGGUCCACUGGGACCUCAGCGGCGGCCCCGGCGGCGGCCCCGCGCGCAGACUCGUGGACAUGUACUCGGCGGGCGAGCAGCGCGUGUACGAGCCGCGCGACCGCGGCCGCCUCCUGCUGUCGCCCUCCGCCUUCCACGACGGCAACUUCUCGCUGCUCAUCCGCGCGGUGGAGGCGGCGGACGAGGGGCUGUACACCUGCAACCUGCACCACCACUACUGCCACCUCUACGAGAGCCUGGCCGUGCGCCUCGAGGUCACCGACGACCCCCGGGCCGCCGGCGCGCACUGGGACGGCGAGAAGGAGGUGCUGGCGGUGGAGCGCGGCGCGCCCGCGCUGCUGACCUGCGUGAACCGCGCGCACGUGUGGACCGACCGGCACCUGGAGGAGGCGCAGCAGGUGGUGCACUGGGACCGGCAGCCGCCCGGGGUGCCGCACGACCGCGCCGACCGCCUGCUCGACCUGUACGCGUCCGGCGAGCGCCGCGCCUACGGGCCGCCCUUCCUGCGCGAGCGCGUGGCGGUGGCGGCGGACGCCUUCGCGCGCGGCGACUUCUCCCUGCGCAUCGACCCGCUGGAGCCGGCCGACGAGGGCACCUACUCGUGCCACCUGCACCACCACUACUGCGGCCUGCACGAGCGCCGCGUCUUCCGCCUGAACGUCACCGAGCCCUCCGCCGAGCCGCGCCCCCGAGGCUCGCCGGGCAACGGCUCCAGCCACGGCGGCGCCCCGCGCCCAGACCCCACGCUGGCGCGCGGCCGCACCGUCGUCAACGUCAUCGUCCCCGAGGGCCGGGCCCAGUUCUUCCAGCAGCUGGGCUACGUGCUGGCCACGCUGCUGCUCUUCGUCCUGCUGCUCAUCACCGUCGUCCUGGCCACGCGGCAGCGCCGCCGCGGAGGCUACGAAUACGCGCACAAGAAGUCGGCGAAGUCAGACCGGAAGGACGUGAACUUGGCGGAGUUUGCUGUGACCUCGGGGGACCAGGCUGUAUGCAGGAGAGAGGACAUCCACCUAGCAGAUUACAAAAACAACGUCCUGAAGGAGAAGGCCGAGCUGACCCACAGCCCCCGGCCUGCUAAGAACAUCGACCUGGACAAAGAGUUCAGGAAGGAGUACUGCAAGUAAAGUGACCCUGAGCUCCUGGCUGGGCCAGCAGCGCUGCCAACUCCUGUCUGUCCACCUCAGAGGACAUCCUCCUGACCCUCACGAGGCCUCACUUGGCCCCCUUCUAGCGGCUGGUCCCGCUUUCCUGGAACUUGGUCUGGACUGGCACAGAGUGAGGCUGUCUUCACACGCCUCUCCCAGGAACCACCCUAAAUCUCUCCAGCAGCAGCGGGCUCCUGGGGACUCUGCCUGUGGCAACGUGGCCACCACCCCUUCCACCAACACUCAUCCCCUCCCCUGCCUCCCCUUGGCCAGCCAAGAUCCCACUGAUGUCCACCAAGCCCUCAGGACCCCUGGCCUCUGCCCUCUGGAGGCUGAGAAUGGAAGACACUCAUGGACGGGGGCUCAGUCAGGACUCAGCCUGAGGGGAGCUGAGUUCAGCCUCAGGCCUGGCAGCCCAGCCCUCCUCUGGGAGCCACCUGCUGCUGAGGGCUCCCCUGGACUGUGUCACUCAAAGCCCCAGCCAGGCUGCGAUCUGUUCUGCAUGGUGACCUGAGGACUCCGGGCCCCGGGCUAAAACCUCUCUGUGCUGCUGUGGGCCACCUCACCUAGGCUGCCACAUGGCCCUUUCUCUGCUUUCGACCCUCUACUCCAGCCUUGUUUUCAAUGAGCUGCCUUGACAGUCACUGGGCUCCGUGUGACUUUUGACCCUGACACCCGUCCCUUGACCCCUCCCUGGGCUGGAGUCUCGGGCUGAGGCCACAUUUGGCUUCUGUUUUGAUUGAGGGCAGGGAAGGGGGGUAAAGACGGUCCUGGGGUGGGGUGGCCUGUGCCUCCACGCCUGACACCCCAAACUCGCUCCUAUAAGGGAAUUGCCACCAUCACAAUAAAGGC